AUGGAGCCGGCCGCCCCCCAGGACGAGGGCCAGAGGAAGAAGCAGCCCAAGAAGCCGGCCCCCGAGGUGCUGCCGCGGCCGCCCCGGGCCCUGCUGUGCCUCACGCUGGACAACCCGCUGCGCAAGGCCUGCAUCAGCAUCGUCGAGUGGAAACCCUUCGAGACCAUCAUCCUGCUGACCAUCUUCGCCAACUGCGUGGCCCUGGCCGUGUACCUGCCCAUGCCCGAGGACGACAACAACAGCCUGAACGUCGGCCUGGAGAAGCUGGAGUACUUCUUCCUCAUCGUCUUCUCCGUCGAGGCCGCCAUGAAGAUCAUCGCCUACGGCUUCGCCUGCCACCCGGACGCCUACCUGCGCAGCGGCUGGAACGUGCUGGACUUCAUCAUCGUCUUCCUGGGGGUGUUCACGGUGACGCUGGAGCAGGUGAACCUCAUCCAGAGCAACACGGCGCCGCUGAGCAGCAAGGGCGCCGGGCUGGACGUCAAGGCGCUGCGGGCCUUCCGCGUGCUGCGCCCCCUGCGGCUGGUGUCGGGGGUGCCCAGCCUGCAGGUGGUGCUCAACUCCAUCUUCAAGGCCAUGCUGCCGCUGCUCCACAUCGCACUGCUCGUCCUCUUCAUGGUCACCAUCUACGCCAUCAUCGGCCUGGAGCUCUUCAAGGGCAAGAUGCACAAGACCUGCUACUACACCGGCACCGACGUGGUGGCCACGGAGGAGAACGAGAAGCCGUCGCCCUGCGCCCGCACCGGCUCGGGCCGCCCCUGCACCAUCAACGGCAGCGAGUGCCGGGGCGGCUGGCCGGGGCCCAACCACGGCAUCACCCACUUUGACAACUUCGGCUUCUCCAUGCUCACCGUGUACCAGUGCAUCACCAUGGAGGGCUGGACCGACGUGCUGUACUGGGUCAACGACGCCAUCGGCAACGAGUGGCCCUGGAUCUACUUCGUCACCCUCAUCCUGCUGGGCUCCUUCUUCAUCCUCAACCUGGUGCUGGGCGUGCUGAGCGGGGAGUUCACCAAGGAGCGCGAGAAGGCCAAGUCCCGGGGAACGUUCCAGAAGCUGCGGGAGAAGCAGCAGCUGGACGAGGACCUGCGGGGCUACAUGAGCUGGAUCACGCAGGGCGAGGUCAUGGACGCGGAGGACCUGCGAGAGGGGAGGCUGUCCUUGGAGGAAGGCGGCUCGGACACGGAGAGUCUGUAUGAGAUCGAGGGCCUCAACAAGGUCAUCCAGUUCGUCCGGCACUGGAGGCAGUGGGUCCGUGUCUUUCGCUGGAAAUGCCACGACGUGGUCAAGUCCCGGGCCUUCUACUGGCUGGUGAUCCUGAUCGUGGCGCUCAACACCCUGUCCAUCGCCUCCGAGCACCACAACCAGCCGCCGUGGCUGACCCACCUGCAGGACGUGGCCAACCGCGUGCUGCUGAGCCUGUUCGCGGCGGAGAUGCUGGUGAAGAUGUGCGGGCUGGGCCUGCGCCAGUACUUCAUGUCCGUCUUCAACCGCUUCGACUGCUUCGUGGUGUGCAGCGGGCUGCUGGAGGAGCUGCUGGUGCAGGCCGGCGCCAUGAGCCCGCUGGGCAUCUCCGUGCUGCGCUGCAUCCGCCUGCUCCGGCUCUUCAAGAUCACCAGGUGA